AUAAAUACCCAUCUCUCUCAUCGGUUAUUCCUUUUCUUCCCCAAAUACGAAUUUGGCCGCUAUUAGAAAUUCUCUUUCUGCGCGCUUACUUUCAAUCGAUCAAACUCGCGAAGUGCAAUUAUGGUUUGCGAAAAGUGUGAGAAGAAGUUGUCGAAGGUGAUUGUGCCUGAUAAAUGGAAAGAAGGUGCCAGUAACACUACUGAAGGCGGCGGCCGUAAGAUUAACGAGAACAAACUCCUCUCCAAGAAAAAAAGGUGGACACCUUAUGGAAAUACAAAGUGCAUGAUUUGCAAGCAACAAGUGCAUCAAGAUGGCAAGUACUGUCAUACCUGUGCUUAUAGUAAAGGAGUAUGUGCAAUGUGUGGAAAGCAAGUUCUUGACACCAAGUUAUACAAACAGAGCAAUGUAUGAUGGGGACAUGAACGAUCUAACUUGGCUGUUACCUCAGCACUCUUAUCCUAGAGAACUGUUCUUUCUUUGUGAAUGCUAUCAAAUGUGAUGAGAAGCAGUUAAUUCUGUAUAAUACUUAAAGAGCUGCAGUGAUUGAGUUGCUAGAAAUUGAUCUUUGGAAACAUUAAUUUCAGUCA